GUGUUCAGACGGUCCUUGGACAUGUUGUAUGCAGUCGCGUCGUCGCGGUUGACAACGUUGACAACGGAGCCGCGGUCCGGGUAGCCGGUUUCUACAUUUAGCUCUCUAACGCGUACGGCGAAAGCAAAUUCGUUUCACUGCCUACGAGCGUUCUCACCUCGUCAACGCCCUUAUGGUUUGUUCAACUCUCAAGCCUUGAUCACCCCGUUACGAGAGUUCCUGGGUUCCCAACAUGUUGAACGAAUUAAACGAACUAGCUCCUCCUGCGCUUCCUUGGGUCUCUGAACCACCUGCACCCAUAGGCAGGUAUACACCCGAAAAGGCACUCGAGGAUCUACCUCGGAUAUGCUACGCGUUGCACCUCUUCUUGGCUUCACACAUGGUGGAAUCUGAAGAAUUCUGUCACAAAUGUGAUCCCUCCAAGGAGCGGCUCUAUCUUGCUACAGGAUUUGGACUUAUACAAUGUGUCAAGUCACUGAUGUCCUUCGAGGACGAGGAUCUUGUUGCAGCAAUCGGUCAUGUCAGGCAUGGCAGCGCCGUAGCCAGUCAACACCGAAAACGCCUUGCUUCGCUCCCGACUCGUCUUGCCGGACUUUUGGUGAACUCUUUGAACACAACAGGUGUCGGCUGGAUCAAGAGCAUGACCGCAAUUGAGCGACAUGCCGAAUUGGUCUACGCGGAGAGUCUGUAUGAGAGGGCCAUUGUAGGCAUCGCGUAUUCGGGUGAUUGGUUAGCUUUCAUCAAGGAAGCUCUGAACAUGAGGACUGCUUUCAACAUUUACCGCCAGCUAGGCAAGUACUUGGAAGCUGCGGAUGCAGAAGCAGCUGCUCGAGGUGAAGGUCCCGAGGACAAAUCAAUCGACGCACACUUUCGUUCAGGCGUUUACCUUGGCGUUGGGUCAUCGAAUCUGGUCCUUUCCAUGAUGCCCUCAAGACUUGUCACUCUCAUCGAACUCUUCGGAUAUAAAGGUGAUCGUAAAGUCGGUUUAGAGCUCCUCUACAAAGCUGGAGGCUGGACGAAAGACUCGCAAGAACCUGGAGUUUCACAUGAACAGGAGGGCGUACGGCGCACAAUAUGUGACAUGUGUCUUCUCGUUUUCCACUUGGUGUUGUCGGGUUUUACGUACGAUGGUGUGGAUAUCAACAUGGCGCAGAAGAUCCUCGAGUAUAACCUCAAACGAUACCCUAAUGGCGUAUUCUUCUUGUUUGGUCAAGGUCGGCUUAGCCUUUGCCGGAGCCAACCGGCCGAAGCAAUCGAGUACUACAAGAAGGCAAUGGAUGCACAGGACCAGUAUCGCAACUUGCACCAUAUAUCUUAUUGGGAGAUGGCAAUUGCAUAUCUAGCCCUUUGGGAUGUUCCUUCAUCGUUAGAAUGUUGGAGGCAGCUUGAAGCAGAAGCAACGUGGUCGAAGGCAACGUACACGUACGGUGUUACGGCCUGCCUACUGCAAAUGGGUGGCGAAGAGGAGCGCGAGGAAGCGAAGAAACGUAUUGGAAACGUCGGCAAUUUGAGACAACGGAUUGCUGGCAAGUCAAUACCUCUCGAGAAAUUCGUCGCUCGAAAAGCACGUAAAUGUCAAGACCAAGGUGGCCGUCUAGCACUCCCAGCUCUCGAGUUCUGCUAUCACUUCAUGUGUAUCGGACGAGCGCCUCGAUCAGUCAUCGUUAAGAAGAUGUUACCCCUCAUCGAUACAACACUCGCAACUCUGAAGACACAUGAGAAAGACCCGUCAACGUAUGAGGGGAAGCAAAGAGGUUAUUGGGAAGACCUUUUAUUGGCGAGUUUCUUACGAGGGGUUUGUUUGCGAUAUGUGGCAUAUCCGGAACCGGAUGCGGUCAUCGACCCUGAAGAGAAAUUGCCAAUAUCGAAAGCCGAUGCAGUGGCUCAGGCUACGACCUCCUUCCAGCUCAUCUUCACACAUGGACCCAAGAUCGAGCUUGAUCAUUUCAUCGUGUACUUUGCGCACUUCGAGUUAGGCCGACUACUCGCGUGUAAAGGUGACAAGGAAGGUGCUCGUACACAUCUGGAGCUCGUCAUCUCAGGCAGGCCACUUGAGGUUAACGCUGCCGCCAGAAGGGGAGGCAAAUAUAGCAUGGAGAAUUCACUCCACGUCCGCACAAACGCAGCUCUAGAGGCGCUAGAUCACGCCACACGACUCUAGACAAUAUAUAUAGACCGGGAGUUCCUCUUCUUGAUUAUUACUUUGCUCGAUCUAUUGAUAUUUGUUUAGAGUUUUUCUUGCUUUCGUUGUUGUAGCAUCUCACCGUGUUCACUGUUGUCUAUUUAUUGUUUAACCAGCCCUAUACCAACGAACUACACAGUACGUACUACGAACGUGUGCCUUUCUUCACUUUGCUCGUCAUGUGGUGUCGGAGUUCGAGCUUAUUCCUGUGCGCAAUUUCUGUACACUUUGACUGUUUGACGUCAAUCAUGAUGUAGACCGCCCUGGAGGUGGCGUCGUAGCUGUACACAACCUGUCAGACAAGGUGCUGUACAUGUGGCACAUGAGAGACGAUCUCGAC